AUGGAGGGGCUGCGGCGGGGCCUGUCGCGCUGGAAGCGCUAUCACAUCAAGGUGCACCUGGCGGACGAGGCGCUGCUGCUGCCGCUCACCGUGCGGCCGCGCGACACGCUCAGCGACCUGCGCGCCCAGCUCGUGGGCCAGGGCGUGUCCUCCUGGAAGCGCAACUUCUACUACAACGCGCGGCGCCUGGACGACCACCAGACCGUGCGCGACGUGCGCCUGCAGGACGGCUCGGUGCUGCUGCUCGUCAGCGACCCCAGGUAGUCUGGGUUGGAGCAAGUGGAGCCAUGACCGAAGGAACUGGAGAUGUUGGCUGAAGAAGCAGGCUGGGGUGUGGGACACCUUCAGGAGGCACUUCCUGGGGACUUUGAGCUCAAUCCAGGUGGCUCCAAAAGCUAAUCUCUUCCCAGGAAUGGCUUCCCAGGAAUUUCUUCAGCCACACCCCUGAUAAGGCAAAGGGCCAUUCAUUCCUGUCCCUCCUGGAGGGCACCAGGGGAAUCCAGCAGGAGGACAUGGCUGCAGGUGUUGCUGUCCACAUUGGAGCUGUUAGGAGACAGAGAAGGACAAUUGGACAGAGUUGGGUCUGGAUUGAAAUUGUCUUCUCUCCUCCCUCCUGCUGUUCCAGGUUCUGGGCUCCUGGGGUGGUUAGUGACACACUAUCCUGAUAAGACAAUGCCUGGACACUGCCUUGGACACUCCUGAUGGAGCCCCAGUACCUGACAUUGACAUAGAAUGGUUCCGUCCCAACCCAGGCUGCCCAUAUCGCCAGCUGUGCUGUGUGACCCUGCGGCCAUGUUCCCCUUCUGGGACCCUAAGUGUCCUGUCUGUACUGGGAACCACCACACCACCUUGGGAGGCUCACAUCCGCAGCCAGAAGAUAUCACAUGAAGAGAAGCACAGAGAGGAGCUGAGAGGCACUCAGGGGGCCUUGUACCUUCUCUUGCCCGAGUUAUGUGUCCUGCCUGAAGCGCCUUUCUCACUCCUUUCUGCCGCUCCAGUCCAGCUGGGGCUCCAGACUCCUCCAGGAAGUCUUUCCAGAUUCCCUCGUCCCAAUCUCUCAUCACCUUGUCCUUUUAUGGGCCCCUAUGGGCGGACAGUCUUGGCUGAGGGGGUGCAGCCAGUAACACAAUAAAUCUCCAAUGACCAAAAGUGGAGACUGGGCAACCCCAGCCCUCUCCCAGCUCUCCAGUAUCAGCUGCAUCCAUGAGCUCCCUCCCACCGCUGCAU